GUUGAUUGUUGCUGUUCUGGGGUGACCAGAAUAGCUAGCCUCCUCUUCUCACUACUCCGGGAUACUCCUCCUGAAGCUCUGGACGGUGCUUGGAGCUGAGCCAAGAGGGAGGAAGGGCUCCUUGGGAGUGAAGAGGCAUUAGGAGGGCGACAGGCCGCCCACGUCAGUCAGAGUCCAAAUGUGCUAGAAGGCCAGAAAGAAGGCAAAUUUUACAAUCCUUUGAUCCUGUGAGAGUUUUGCUAAAUCAUAAGAGAAUUCAGGUGGUCUGUGAGAAACAACAGAAUGGAUCUGAAUUCCAGUCUGUCCAAUUUCACUCUUCUUACCAAAGGACUUUCUAGCACAUGGCUGGAAUUUUUCAGAAGUACGUUUAUGACUACUUCUGAUGAUCUCCCUGAAAUCAUUCUAAUAUUGUCCUUGAUCUGCACAGUUGGAGGAUUUUUGAAUCUACACUUAAAAGACUUUCCAAUUCCUCUCCCUGUGAUAUUAUUUUUAAUUGGAUGCAGUUUUGAAAUAUUAAGUUUUACAUCUGAGCAGGUCCAAAUAUAUGCAGAUGCCAUACAAUGGAUGAGUCCAAAAGUAUUUUUUGAUCUAUUUACACCAAUAAUUAUCUUUAAUGUUGCAUUUGACAUGGAUGUUUACAUGCUGCAGAAAUUAUUUUGGCAGGUACUUUUAAUUACAAUUCCUGGCUUUUUGAUGAAUUAUAUAUUAAUUCUUUGGUAUCUGGCAUCUGUGAAUAAAUUACUUUUGAAAACCACUCCAUGGUUAUUAUUUUCAACUAUCCUUGUGAGUUCGGAUCCCAUGCUGACGGCGGCUGCCAUAAGAGACCUUGGUCUUUCUAGAAGCCUCAUCAAUUUAAUUAAUGGAGAAAGUCUGAUGACCUCUAUAAUGUCUUUGAUUGUAUUCAUUGGUAUUGAGGAUAUUAAUGUCAGCCUGCAAAAGAAGGUGAACCAUUCUUUAGCCUUUGACAUCCUGCUUGAAAUUUGGUCUUAUUUUCUAGCCAGUUUCUUGUUUGGAAUUCUAAGUUCAAAACUGAUUCAACUGUGGAUGUCUACUGUUUUUGGAGAUGAUGUCAAUCACAUAAGCCUCAGCUUUUCAAUUCUGUACCUCAUCUUUUUUAUUUGUGAGCUAGUUGGAAUGUCUGGAAUAUUUACCCUGGCCAUUAUGGGACUUUUUUUAAAUUCUACAAGUUUUAAACCAGGAGUUGAAGCGCUUCUUCUCGAAUUCUGGAAUUGUCUAUCAUUUGUUGCUUUUCUUAUGGUGUUUACCUUCAUUGGACUUCUAAUUCCUGCACAUACAUAUUUAUAUAUAUCAUUUUCUGACAUAUAUUAUUCAUUAAAUAUCUAUUUCACACUUAUUGUUUUAAGACUUCUGGUCUUUCUAAUAAUGAGCCCUCUUUUGUCUCGACUUGGUCAUGGGUUCAGCUGGCGCUGGGCAUUCAUAAUGGUCUGGAGUGAAAUGAAAGGAACACCUAAUAUAAACAUGGCUCUUCUGCUUGCCUACUCUGACCUUUCUCUUGGCUCUGAGAGGGAAAAAUCUCAAGUAUUAUUUCAUGGAGUGUCAGUAUGCUUAGUUACCUUGAUUGUCAAUAGAUUUAUUUUGCCAAUGGCAGUUAGUAAACUAGGUCUUCGUGAUGUCACAUCAACAAAAUAUAAAUCACUUUAUUGUACAUUUCAACACUUUCAAGAGCUAACCAAAUCUGCAGCCUCUGCACUCAAAUUUGACAAAGAUCUUGCUAAUGCGGAUUGGAAUAUGGUUGAGAAAGCAAUUAUACUUCAAAACCCAUAUGCGUUGAGCCAAGGAGACCCAACAGAACAUCAAAAGGUGACAUGUCUAGACUGUAACAAGGAAAUAGAUGAGACCCUUAACAUUGAAGCAAUGGAGCUGGCCAACAGACGUCUCUUGUCGGCACAAAUAGCAAGCUACCAGAGACAAUAUAGGAAUGAGACUCUGUCCCAGAGUGCAGUCCAGGUGCUGGUAGGUGCAGCGGGAAGCUUUGGAGAGAAGAAGGGAGAAUAUAUGAGUCCUGAGACAAUAAAGAAUUAUUCUGAAAGCAAAAAACUUCUUUCCUUUAUUAGAAAAGUAUUGCUCAAUUGGGUGUAUAACACUAAAAAGGAAAAAGGGAUCCCAUCAAGACAUUGCAUUCUUCGUGUAUGCCAUAAAAUUGUAUUUACUGAUGAAUUUGAGUACAUUGGAUAUCUUGUGAUACUAAUGAAUAUGUUUCCCAUUAUAAUUUCUUGGAUACCUGAGUUAAGUGAUAUCUAUGAGCAUGAAUUAAGAUAUUGCAACUACUCUUUUCUUGCAUUCUAUAUAAUGGAGUCCCUACUUAAGAUGGCUGCAAUGAGGAAGGAAUAUUUUUUACAUACCUGGAACUUAUUUGAGUUAGCAAUUACAUCAGUUGGCAUCAUAGAUAUAAUUCUUAUUGAGACAAAUUCCAUUACUUUUACUCUUGAUUUUAUUCUAACAGUAAUAUUUAUAAAAAUUGUUCGAUUUCUUCGCAUACUACGUAUUUUGAAGCUCAUAACCCCAAAGUUGCUGCAAAUAAUAGAUCAAAAGAUGAGUCACCAGCUGUCCUUUAAGUAUGCUAUACUAAAAGGAUAUGUCCAAGGUGAAGCAGACAUAAUGACUAUAAUUGAUCAGAUUUCAAGUUCUAAGCAAGUUAAACAGAUGUUAUUAAGGAGGAUUAUGAAGAAUACAGGACACGCUAUGAAAGAGCUGGGCUACUUAGAGUAUGAUCACCCAGAAAUCGUUGUUACUAUGAAAACAAAGGAGGAGAUUAAUGUCAUGCUCAAUUUGGCUAGAGAAAUUGUUAAGGUUUUUAGGUCAAAAGGAAUUAUUCAUAAAAUUGAAGGUUCUGAAAUUAAUAAGUUAAUAAUGGCCAAAAAAAGAGAGAUACUUGAUUUUCAACCUGUUAUCAAGCCCCUUACUGUUGAAGAAGCACUCUACCAUAUUCCAUGGCUAGAUAAAGACAAAGACCAUAUAAACUUCAUUCAGGAAAGAGCCAAAGUUGUAACAUUUGAUUGUGGAAAUGAUAUAUUUGAAGAAGGUGAUGAGCCCGAAGGAAUUUAUAUAAUAAUAUCAGGUAUGAUAAAGCUUCAAAGAUCAAAACCUGGUUUCGGAAUUGACCAAAUGCUCUGGGAGUCAGAGGAAAAAGAUUAUCAGCUAAUGUACACAGACUUUGCAAUCAGUGGGGAAAUAAUAGGAGAGCUAAACUGUUUAACUAACGAACCCAUGAUGUGUUCUGCUACCUGCAAAACUGUAGUGGAGACUUGUUUUAUUCCUAAAAAUCACUUGUAUGAAGCUUUUAAACAAUGUUGUCCUCACAUUGAAUAUAAAAUGUGGCUAAAACUUGGACUUUCUAUUACCGCCAAAAAAAUGAGGGAACGUUUGUCUUAUGAGGAUUGGAACUACAAGAUGCAGUUAAAACUCUGUAAUGUUUGUGUAAAAGAUAUACCAAAGAACUCCAAAACUGAUAUCUAUGAUGAAACUGUGAUCUAUGUCAUCCUCAUCAAUGGAGCUAUAGAAGAUUGUCAGUUACGAAAAGCUUAUAAGGCACCUUCCUUAAUUCCUAUAACGUGCUAUCAGGUACAAGGCACUGAAGAUUUUACAAAGGUAAUGAUUGUUCAAACUUUGGUUGAUGUGAAAAACUUCAGAUGGAACACUAGAAAGUAUGUACCUUCGCGUAAAGCAUCUCUUCCAGUAUCAUCUGCAAGCAGACUCUAUAAAGAAGACCUUCAAUUUGACACAAAUAUUGAGAUUCAACAGCCUACAGGGUUACUUGAUAGUAUCAAGGAAAAAAUGGACAUCUAUACGGUCGCCUAAAUAAGACUUCAGUGAAAAUCUGGAAUGGUUGACAACACUUUUGAAGACUGAUGCACAUAUGGGCACUACUGUCACGAGUCACCUCCUGUUUUUGAAACUCAUUUCCCUGCAUCAAAAGGAAGCGACUUCAAGCUGGAUCCCAUAUGGAUGAUCUUGGUGCCACAAGGAAAGAUGUCUGGACCUUGCAACCAUUCCAUCUAAAAUAUAUUUUUUGGAAUAUUUUCUUGAUUUAAAAUCUCUUUUAUGGUAAAUAUCUAAAACAUCUCAGAAAAAUCAGAGAGUAAGUUUCCGUUUUAGAGCCAGAAAAUAAGCUUAGGCCACCUAGGAUAGUUUGCAUAGUGCUCUUAGAGCAUAAAUGGUUUGAUUCACUUUAUGAAAAAUAA